AUUAUAAGAACGUUUCUCCUACCACCCCUGGAGUUACGAGUUCGAAUCCAGGGUGUGCUGAGUGACUCCAGCCAGGUCUCCUAAGCAAAAAUUGGCCUGGUUGCUAGGGAAGGUAAAGUCACUUGGGGUAACCUCCUCGUGGUUGCUAUAAUGUGUGGUUCUCGCUCUCGGUGGGGCACGUGGUGAGUUGUGCGUGGAUGACGCAGAGAAUAGCAUGGGCCUCCACACGCUCUACAUCUCUGCGGAAACACGCUCAACAAGCCACGUGAUAAGAUGUGCGGAUUGACGGUCUCAGACCUGGAGGCAACUGAGAUUCAUCCUCCACCACCACGAGGAUUUAGAGCGCAUUGGGAAUUGGAGCGGGGGAGGUUUCUCAUUAUUAUGAGAUAGUGAGUCAUUAUUAUAAUAAAGUACUCAAAUUAAUGAGAAACUAUCUCAUAAUAAUGGCUUAAUAUCUCAUUAUAAUGACUUACAAAAUCAAAUUUUUUAUUUAACUGUGGUGGAAAUGGGCUUCCAUACUUCACAUGCAGGUGCACAUCCCCAGUUAACAUGAUUCCCAAUUGAUCCAUAACACCGGAUCUCUAAAGACCCGAAUAUGUAAGAGUGUUUGGUUAAAUUCCCAUGCAGGGCUAACUAAUAUAGUAUUAGUAAUAACUGAUUGUCCUAAUUCAAGUGUAUAUUUAUAAAGAUUUAUAAAGAUUAGAUUCUAAUGUUUGAAACAACAACAUCUGGAAACUGGUUAUACUGGAACUCACCAUGGCAUUCAUUAAAAGUCAAGUUCAUCAUCAGAGGAAAUGAAAGUGUGCUUUGACGUCAGACAGACCGAGAAAAUACCAUUUCCAUUCAGCGCGCACACACAUACAGGGGCGCGUGCGGCGUGGCUGGCUGUUUAACCAUGUAAGCGAAGCGUCUUCCUGUCUGAUGCCCUUCUACGGAAACUUUUGGACUGUUUUGCAUCAUUAUUUAUUUCCCACUUGCAGCAUUUCGUCUCUAUGGAGUAAAAGACUAAGUAACCUAUAACAAUGGAGCAGCAGGACAAGAAGACUCGAAUAUUCCGACACUGAAAAUGAUACCUGACAGCUGACGGUCGCGCGCUAGCUAUCUGCCACACUUAUUUCCGAAUGUGAUAUCUGCCUUCACCUCCAUCUAUUGGUGUCCAUCAUGAAGAAGAGGUCCAAACGAACACUAGAUCAGGAUGACCCUCUGUGCUGCUGUGAGUAUGUGGAUCGUCAUGGUGGCCGCAGCCACAUGGCAGCAUGCUGUUGUGAGUGUGAAGACCUGGAUGAGGCCUGUGACAGGUGGAUGAAGAGGGAGCUUCAAAAGCCAGACUCUCUAUCUCGGGUUAUGGACACAAUUAAUGAUCGUCUACGGGUUCCCUGGAUCUCAGGGGCCAGACAAGUUGACCUCUCGUUAAUCCCUCCACUUAUACUGCUUCCUAUUUUUUUGCAUAUUGCAGCUUUGCACUACCUGCUUGGUAUCGUAGUUCUAACAGCAUUUCCUGUUGUGGUUCUUUGGUACUACUACUUCACCCACCAAAAAAAAGGGCACACUCAAUUCUUCCUUAGCCUAGCCCUCUUCUCCCUCUUCUACAUGUUCUACCUCUUCCUUACUGAAGUCGUCCCACGAGGUGAUGUCAGUCAUCCUCAGUUGGGUGCUGUGACAAUGGGUGUUACUCUCACAGUCAUUUCCCUCAUUAACACGAAGAGAGGGCCAGGCUAUGUCAGGCCACUCCCCACUGACACUCAUAGUACAGUGACUUAUCACAGUCCACCUCCUGAUAUUGAUGCCACAUAUCUAAAUGGAGCACGGCACCAGGUGGUGAUAGCCAAUCGUACAAGUCCUCCUGAACAGACUGGUGACUCUGGGAUAGGACCGGAGAGGUUGGAACAGAGGAGGAACUGGUGUGCAGUCUGCAAGUUGGUGUGCCCCCCGAGAGCUGGACACUGCAGGAUCUGUGGAGUCUGCAUCCUGCGUCUGGACCACCACUGUGUCUGGAUCAACAGCUGUGUGGGACAGGCCAAUCAUCGCAGUUUCCUUCUGAUGCUUGUUUUCUUUCUGUUGACAUCACUGUUCGGGAUCAGUUUGGUUCUUGGAAGCGUGUGUCCACAUCAGAGUUUGAUGAUUUCCUUGUUCUACUGUCCUGAUGUCUACAACAUGUACAGUUCUGCGCUGUGUUUCACCUGUGCCUGGUACAGCAGUAUUGUGACUGGAGCUUUGCUGCACUUGCUGGUAUUACAGCUUAUUAAUGUCAGUUACAAUGUGACCGAACGGGAGGCACGUCUCGCUCUGAGAGAGAAAACUGGACGCAGCCUGCUGUGGGGCCUGAUCAUUGACACUGGCGUUUACUCCCGAGGGUUCCGUAGUAAUUGGACUGAAUUCUUGACGAUGAGAAAAAUUGUGGAACCACCAACCCCUAAACCAACAGACUUUGUAUAGAAUUUUAAUUGGUAGUCUCUGUUGAUUGAAAAUAUAAUAUUGUGCAAUGUAAUGCUCCCAACAGCUGUUCCAGAAUAAUUUUUAUGACUCUAAACAUUAUGGUCAAUGUCUUAAUAAGGGUCAUAUUAGUUAACUGCAAAUUAGUCAUGUGAGAGUUGGAAACUGUCUUUGUGGACCACAAGAUGGCAGUGUUCUUGUGUGCUACAUCUCUACCAGUGUUUUUCAACAUCCAAUACAUCGUUACUCAGGUGUGGUGCAGCGGAGAAGACAAGUGGAUAAGCAAGCCAUAUUAUAAGCCAUAUGACAUAUCACAAUAACCAGACAUGAUGUGACAGUACUUAGUUCUCCCUAAAUGCUGUGGUUUUAUGAUUAAAGCUGAAGUGUGUAAUUUCUGUUCCAGAAGCGUCUCUGAGUGGAAUUGCAAAAAUAAUAAUUGUUUUCAUACUGUUUUCAAACUCUCCUUGACUUCCAAUGGUUGGACAAACCGAUACUCUCAUCAUUGUUUGAGCCAAUGCUGCUGUGUCGGGCUGGAUGGGAUGCUCAAACAAACAAAGCAAUGUCUUGAUCGCUCCACAGUGUUGUAUUUCCACAACAUACAAAUGGCUUACAUAUAGUUAAGCGGAGAGAGUAGAAAGUAUUUUAACACUGAAAAAGUACACACUUCAGCUUUUAAAGGAAUAUUUGGGGUUCAAUUUAAGUUAAGCUCAACUGACAGAUUACCACAAAAUUUAACUUUGACUCAUCCCUCCUUUUCUUUUUUUAUAUUUUUCAUUUUAUCCCCUUUUUUUUCUCCCAAUUUGGAAUGCCCAAUUCCCAUUACUUAGUAGGUCCCCGUGGUGGCGCGGUUGCUCACCUCAGUCCGGGUGGCGGAGAACAAGUCUCAGUUGCCUCCGCUUCCGAGAAAAUUAUCUAUAACUUUAAACAGAAAAGGUUAAUACGUGAUUUUAUCAUACUGAAAUCAUGUUAAUAUGCAUAUUGUUUAUGUCUUGUGACUAUUUUAACAUUCAAAAACAGGCCCCCAUUCAUUUCCAUUGUAAGCGCCUCACUGUGCUUUUUUUGUUUUGUUUUUUGUUGUUGUUGGUAAUUCAGUCAAAAGGAACCAUGUGUUCAAUUGGAUUUACAUUUUAAUUUUCUUUACCUUCUCUUCACUAAAACCUCUCUGUCCUUUCAUAAUUUUAAUAGCACAAUCCACAAUUACAAUACCAGAACCAGUAUAGCCUUUGGAAUGAAAUAAGGCAAAAUAGCUUCACUUUCAGUGUGGAACAAUGUGGUCUUGUUUGGUGAUUUUUAUUCAGUUGCAUUUCUGGUUUGUAUUCAGUGCUCGUUGGGUCAAUUAUGGAUUGCACUUUUGUCUAACAUUUUUUCUCUCAACUCUAAAGUGCUCUCAUAUAGUAACAGUAUGUGAAUGCACAUUCAUUUUCAAGCCUUAUUUAGUGCCUUUAUGAGACAUGAGAAGUAAUGAGAAGUGAUCUAUAUCCAGACAACACAGCUUUACAACUCUCAUCUCAGCCUAAUAAGCCUAAUGUUUUAUCUUGGGGUUCAUGUUUGUUAGAGGUCUGUCUUUGUGGGUGUGCUUUUUACAUGUUAUUUAACUGGGGACAAAUCUGCUGCUUAACAUCCUUCUGUUACAAUGUGCAGGAAUUAGUUGUACAUCUUUGAAUCAAAGCGGGUUUCAUUCCAUUAAAUGCCUCCUUUUGUACAGAAUCAUUCUCAGUAAAAAAAUAAUACCAAGGCACCCCCAAAAUCCAGAUGUUUUUUGGUCUCCAUCAUGCACUGCUUUGUGAGACGAUUUUUUUAUCGUAAUGCACUUCACCAGUUAAGAUGUUCAAUUAAACUGUAUCAUGGUAAAUAAACAAGCAUUGGAAGAUUAA